GGAAGAGGGAGGACAAAGGGAUCAGGCAUUUCUCUGUUCUGAUAUAAAUUUAUUUUCAACCACAGAUUAUGAAAUAUUAGUUCUGACCUAACUUUCUUACUUGCAUGUACAAGAGAAAGAAAUGAAGUGGACAUUCACAGGCAGUGAGAAAGGGGGCUCACUAGCCUUGUCAAUUCAUGGGUGACCUUUUGUUGAGCACCUACUGCGAACCAAGCACUGUGCUGGUGCUGCACAUUCGAAGAGGAUGAGACCUUGCAAAAUGAGAUGGUGGAAAGAUUCAGAUUCACCUAGAUUCCAAUUCCUGUGCUCAGAACCAUCUUCACUGUGGAAAAAAUUUUGCUUUGCUCUCCCAGAGCAGGAUCGGCGGGCGCCUGUUUGUCAGCCACUGCAGGAAGAGUGAUGGCCGGGGUGUUGACAAGCUCCUAAUUGGAAGUAACUGCAGUUCUGAAAAGAAGAUAUUUUUCAACCUGGACUUGAAGUAACUGGUGGAGAGGCAGGGAGCGCGGUGACUGUCCUUGAGCGCGGAGGGGCGAGCUCGCCGCCGGAGCGCCGGAGCAAGAGGAGGCGCAGGAGCGGCGGCGGCGGCGCCCGAGCACCCGAGGGGGUCCGAGCCCCGGCAGCCUGCCAGCCCCGCGCCACAAAGGGAGCGCCCCCGACACCCGGCACACCACCUCCCUCCCCAAUGUCCUCGGCCAUCGAGAGGAAGAGCCUGGACCCUUCGGAGGAGCCAGUGGAUGAGGUGCUGCAGAUCCCCCCAUCCCUGCUGACAUGCGGCGGCUGCCAGCAGAACAUUGGGGACCGCUACUUCUUGAAAGCCAUCGACCAGUACUGGCACGAGGACUGCCUCAGCUGUGACCUCUGUGGGUGCCGACUGGGAGAGGUGGGGCGGCGCCUCUACUACAAGCUGGGCCGGAAGCUCUGCCGGAGAGACUAUCUCAGGCUUUUUGGCCAAGAUGGUCUCUGUGCAUCCUGUGACAAGCGGAUCCGGGCCUACGAGAUGACAAUGCGGGUGAAAGACAAAGUGUAUCACCUGGAAUGUUUCAAAUGUGCCGCCUGUCAGAAGCACUUCUGUGUGGGUGACAGGUACCUCCUCAUCAACUCUGACAUAGUGUGCGAACAGGACAUCUACGAGUGGACUAAGAUCAAUGGAAUGAUCUAGGCCAGAGUCCCCGAGCGUCUUUGGGGAGGUGUUUUGCUGAAGUCAUUGUCUCCAUAGGGUCUUCACUCUUAAUCACUUUGGGGGUUUGAGGGUGGGAUGAGGCAUUUCUUAGGGGAUGGUAGACCCUCACUGAGCACCAAAACACAGCAUCCAAGUGAUAUAAUGCAAGGGGCAAGACUUACUGUGGACUUGAGUUCAGCCUUUAGGAGAACUUACAAUGGCCACAGCCUGUCCGUAACAGCUGACUCAGUUAGUGAAGGAAAGGGCCUCUAGGGGGGUAGGCAGGUGCUGUGCCAUCCUGACGGAACUUCACAUUUACUGAGAAGGAGUUGUCUCAUGACUUGUUAGGACUUUGGCCCUUGAAAACUAGAGAUGUGCAAUUGAUUUAUUUUCUUUCUGGCUUUUAUGACAACCCUGUUCCAAUCUCUGUCCUCCACAUUAGGGAAGGACAGAGCAAAGAAUGGCCAUCCUUUCUUUCUUGGCCACCUUCCCAAGGCCUUACGCUUUGGAUCCAAGGGAAACUGCAUGGAGACACCUUUCAGUUGGGACUGGAAACUACAACUUUCAACCAAACAAUAAUUUAAAGCAAUGCUGAUGAAUCACUGUUUUUAGACACGUUUGUUUGGAGGUGACAAGUUCCACAGAUAGUUUCUAUACAGAUGUAAAUCUUAAAAAAAGUUGUUGAACUAUUUUAUUAUCUUAGAUUAUAUCAAAGUAUUUGCUGUGUGUAGUUAAAGAAAACUCUGAGGACAAUAAAAAUAACAGAUGAAAAUGCA